AUGGAUAUGGAUGUCCGUUUCCAACAAUCAGCUCUGCUUGGAUAUACCAACUGCAACAUCAGCAUGGGCAUGUUCUUUAGGGACCACGAAGCCGACCCACCGAAGGCCUCUAGGCCGUUCCACAACCUCAAAGCCCUGGUGGCUACAGUGCUGCCAUCCACUAACGGCACGCUACUGUCAUUUUCCCAAGCUCUGGAUGAGGUGGGUCACGCCCAAACUUCCCAGAAAUUUCUCCAGGAGCUAUAUGAGGACAUCCAUAAGACGAGGCUCGAAGUCGGCAAGACCCGCCCUUCUGGCGCUGUCUUGCAUAACACCAUUCAGUCAAUGGGUACGGCUGAUGUUCAGGUUGGUAUAGAUCGCGGAGAAAUAUCAUGGGCCUUGAAAGUGUCCGACAGUGCUGACAAAGGGACGUCACGCAAUUAA